AUGACCACCUCCUCCCCCGCUCUUUUCUCUUUGUACGCAGACUUGCGGCUCGGUGGACCGCGAGAAACAAGUAGCAACAUCGACAGCGACCCAACUGAAGCGAGCAAUGGCCCGACUUUCAACGGCCGGCUUUGCGACAUUACGCAAAUCUGGCUCUCUGACAACGAACCCGGUGACUGCCACCUGACGGAUCAGAUAGCUGCGCCGAGGAGCACCGUCAACAAGCGAUUCGGACCCAACUCCCUGCUCCUCCGUCGAAACGUCCACAAGGACAAGAAGCCAGUGCUGGAGCUGGAGAUCCAGUCCGAUCUGCUCCAGAACGUCAUUCGCGCGGUUUGCCCCCAUCUCAGUACUCUGAAUAUCCAUACGAGCCCCAUCGUCGUCAAGGCGCCUUACCACGAGCUCUAUCAUUUUCGCAAAGAAAUUGCAGCCACCGCCGCCGUUGCAGACCUGCCCAUCUUAGAAGAGAAGCGGUUAAAAACAGAGAUUAAUACUCUCGAAAAUUUUUUGCAUGAGUCCCUAGGUCGAGCCAUUGAUGGCAUCGAGUCACUGACAUCGGCCGGUCAAAUUUCGAUGGACUACCUAUGGGCCAUUUUCAAGCCCGGUGAGCAUGUGCUACUACGUCGGCAAGAUACCGGCGGGCGGUUCGAGACGCUGUGUGGGGUAUUGCGGUCCUUCUUUAACAAGAAGGACGCAGACGGGAAUGUAAAGUGGUGUCUGAAGGUGCUGCAUAUGACCUUUGAAAGAGGGCGUUUCGGUGCCAUCGAGGAAGUGUUUCAAUUUCCGGCCUUUGUCGGUCAGGUCGCAAUUUCUGCGCUUCCGGCUUAUCCUCUCGCCUACUGUGCCGACCGUGCCGAAACGGUCAAAGAUCUUGUGAGGAGGGGAAAGGCGUUUAUUGAACUGUGCCGAAACGCCAAGGGCCUCGGUGCUCCCACCCAUAUGACAUAUUGCGGUUCCAUAUGGAUUCAGCGCGAGAGAAAUGCGUGGAAAUUGACCGUCAAGCAGAUCGCCGGUCGCGUUAUGAUUGAUCCCGUUGGUUUCAUAAACGAGCACGGAAUAUUCGCGAAGCGCAUCAUCGCCAGCUCCCUUUCAAACGCACGAUCGAAAUCGUAUAACUUUAGCUCUGAUGCUGGCGAUGCUAGAGACAGUGACAGUGAAAGUAGCAAUAGCGACGCAAACGCCCCAAUCGAAGCCCCAGACCACCUCCGAGAUGUCGACGUGACGUCUCUCACACCGGACGAGCUCAUGACGUUGCCGUCCAGGAUUGCGGGGUACUCACUUGUCACCAAGGACGCAGGAUAUUUCCAGGUCGAUGGAUUCACAUCAAUCGUCUGGGAGGAGGAUCGAGCGGAGCAUAUCCGGCAAUCGUCCCAUAGGAUGCGAUCAGUCCUCCGGGUUACAUCAGGGUUCUCUUUCCUGUCCGAGCAGUUUGAUUACCAGAUUGAGAAUAAAGGAAGGGGACUCCUGAUUCUUCUAUAUGGCCUCUCGGGAUCAGGAAAGACUCUAACGGCCGAGUGUGUUGCGGAACUUCUGCAUCUCCCUCUUUAUCGUGUAAGCGGUAGCGAUCUCGGAACAGAAACAUGGGAAGUCGAGAGCCGGCUGCUCAAGGCUUUCAAUCGAACCACUCGGUGGGGAGCCGUCAUGCUGUUUGACGAGGCAGACGCCUUCAUGGCCAAGAGAGCAGAUGACAGCCUGGAGAGGAAUGCCAUGGUCUCAGUGCUUCUUAGGCUGCUUGAAUACCAAUCUGGGAUAGUCAUUCUCACGACCAACCGCCGAAAAGACUUUGACCCAGCAUUUUACUCCCGCAUCCACGUUUCUAUUGAGUACGGAAAACUUAGCGCCUCCGAAAAGGAAGCCAUAUGGCGAUGGGAGAUAGAGAAGGGGGGAUGGGGCUCAGACGCUCUCUCUAGAGAUGAUUUUGCAGGGCUAGCCAAGCUGGACAUGGAUGGAAGGACCAUUAAGAACGUCAUUCACGUCUUAAAACUUUUCACUGGGUCAGAGGAAAGAGAUUCUCUAUCUUUGGCGAGCCUGAAACAGGUUUUAGAUAUCGCGACAGGAAAUUUGGAUGAUGACGCAAGAAAAAAGGUGGACGAGUUUAUCAACUCGGGUGAUCAAGCUUCACCCUCUGGCAGAUGA